AUGGUUGAUAUGAAGCCCAACACCCUGACCUUAAUUUUCGGGCCUCAAGAUCCCGAUAUCGACAGCGGACACCUAGACGGCCUCCGGACGGAGUUGUUGGAAGCAUCUCAUCUUCAAUGGAUAGUGGAUCUCCUGACGAAGCUACCACAAGAAUGGCCGACCAUCUCUGCCGCCCAUCCGGAGCUCCAGGCCUUCCAGGGUAGAAAGUACCUCCAGAUGCUCAGUGAAUGGAUGAGAAGGGGACUGCUACCACAAAAUCAGUUUCCGCUGCCUAAUGUCUUGGUCACACCGUUAGUUGUAACGACACAACUGGCACAAUAUACCAGAUUCCUGGAGCAAAUCAAGCCAAAUAUCACACGGGAGGAUUCCCUAAAGGACGUAUUGAAGAUCGAAACCGAGACGACGGGCCUUUGCACCGGAUUGUUGAGCAGCGCUGCUGUCGCUAGCUCGGGAAGUCUUGCGGAACUCGAGAAACAUGGCGCCACUGCUAUCCGAAUGGCGAUAGCAAUUGGUGCACUGGUUGACGCAGGAGACUCGGAAGUUGAAGACGGUGAUAAGUGGCAGUCUAUUGCGGUUGGGUGGACAACCCAGACGACGGAGGCGAAGCUGUAUAGCAUCGUGGAGCAUUUCCCAGAGGCAUAUAUCUCUGUUAUUUCAGAAGCCCGCCUUGCCACACUCACUGUUCUCAAAGUGGAUUCAAGCGAAAUCCAAGAGCAGUUGAAAAACGCCGGCUUGAUCUUCACAAAGACAACGCUGCGUGGACCGUUUCACUGUGGGCGGCGCGAGGACCAGGCGACAGCCCUUCUGGGUCUCUUUGACUCAGAGUCCGCUUUCCAUUUCCCGGCCCAGCUUGCUUUUAAAACACGGGCAGCCGAUGGCUCCGACCUCCCCGAGGACGAAAAGCUUCACCAGAUGGCUUCCCGCGCAAUGUUGACAGACCGGGCUGAUUGGCACAAGCUGUUCACGACGCUUCAUGAAACAACUUCCCUAGCAGUAACAUUCGGAAGCCAGCGUUUCGUACCACAAUGGUUCCUGCGCAAGCUUGGCCCUAAGUUGUCGCAUGCAGUCGAUCUCGAUAUCCAGGCUGGUAAAUGUCCUGCGCCAAUGUAUGCUUUAUUGGACUCCACCCAAGACCAUUCCAUCGCCGUGGUUGGUAUGGCAUGCCAUUUUCCUGGCGGCAGCGACAUUAAUGAGUUUUGGAAGACCAUUUGUGCAGGCGAAUCGCAGGCCCGCGAGGUUUCAGCCGACAGAGUGAAUUUUGAGUACGCGGCCUGGCGUGAGAGCAACCCGGAUCGAAAGUGGUUUGGAAACUUUGUGGAAGAUCACGACGUUUUCGACCACAAGUUCUUCCAGAAGAGUCCGAGAGAGGUUGUUUCGACCGAUCCUCAGCACCGACUAAUGUUGCAAGUUGCCUACCAGGCGGUGCAGCAGUCUGGGUACUUCAACAAACCAAGUUCAAGUCGACAUGUUGGUUGUUACGUCGGAAUUGGCGUAACAGACUACGAGAAUAAUGUCGCAUGUUAUGAACCCACGGCAUACACGGCGACGGGAAACCUCAAGUCCUUUGCCGCUGGAAAAAUUAGCCACUUCUUCGGUUGGAGUGGACCUGGCGUGACUAUCGAUACAGCUUGUUCAUCCUCCGCCUUGGCGGUGCACCACGCAUGUAGGGCAAUUCUGAGUGGCGAGUGUGAUGCCUCCCUUGCUGGAGGCGUUAACCUUAUGACAAGCCCCGAGUGGUAUCAAAACCUAGCGGGGGCGUCCUUCCUCAGCCCGAGUGGGCAGUGCAAGCCAUUCGAUGUGGCAGCAGAUGGCUAUUGCAGAGGAGAGGGUGCGGGGGCCGUUUUCCUGAAGAAGCUAUCUGCCGCAGUUGAGGACGGUGAUCAGAUCCUCGGUGUUAUCAAGGGAUCUAGUGUGAACCAAAACGAGAACUGCUCCGCAAUAACUGCCCCGAGUGUUUUGUCUCUCGGAAAUGUCUUCAACAGCGUACUCAGGAAAGCCAGACUUGACCCUAAGCAGAUCUCUGUGGUAGAGGCACACGGCACCGGCACGCAGGUCGGGGAUAAAGCAGAGUACGAUAGUGUUCGCAAGACGCUAGGUGGACCAGGCCGCGCACAGCCUCUGAAUUUAGGAUCUGUCAAAGGUCUCAUUGGACACCUGGAGUGCGGCUCCGGCAUUGCUGCACUAAUCAAGGUGCUGCUGAUGAUCCAACAUGGCUCUAUUCCUCCGCAGGCUGGCUUCAACACCCUGAACCCGAAGUUGAGGGCUUUGCCAUCGGAUAACAUUGACAUCUCCAAGAAUCUCAAGCCCUGGGAAGCAGACUUCCGUGCAGCACUCCUGAACAAUUACGGUGCUUCGGGCUCGAACGCUUCCCUGAUCGUAACCCAGGCAAGCCAAGUGCCACGCGACGGAGAGCCUUUGAAAACCUCGAUCGGAUUCAAGCGUCCCUUCUGGUUCUCUGGCUUAGACAAUCAAUCUUUGCGGUCAUACGCGGCCAAGAUGAUCGAAUUUCUGCAAUCAAGAAAGGCGAACGACUACCAUUUCUCGAUCGCAAAUUUAUCCUUCCAGCUAGCUCAUCAGUCAAACCGUUCGCUUGGAGAGGCACUGAUAUUCAGUUGCGCCUCAGCCGAUGAGCUUGAAGCAAAACUUGCCGGUUUUGCAAAUGGGCGUGGCGAACUCGCCUCGACAACCGGAAAGCAGCCAUCGAGACCAGUUAUUCUUUGCUUCGGCGGCCAACGAUCCAACUUUGUGGGCUUAGACAGAGAGGCUUAUGAAUACUUCCCACUGCUACGUGCCCAUCUCGACCAUUGCCACGAGGUCUGUCUGUCGCUCGGACUGGGAGGAAUUGUGCCAGCAAUCUUUGAGCGUACGCCGAGGCAAAGUAUCGUUGAAUUGCAGACAAUGCAGUUUGCUCUGCAGUACUCCUGCGCCAAGAGCUGGAUCGAGAGUGGGCUACAAGUCUCAGCGCUUGUAGGUCAUAGUUUUGGUGAGCUCACCGCCAUGUGUGUUUCAGGCAUGCUCUCGGUCGAGCACGCUCUAGAGACGAUCUCCAGACGAGCCAGAAUUAUUGAAGAGAAGUGGGGUGCGGAGACGGGCUGCAUGUUGGCUGUUGACGGCGAGUUGGAGAAUGUACAACAACUGCUGCAACUGGUGAAUGCCGCUUCAUCUGCUCCCGUUAAUAUCGCCUGCUUUAACGGCCCUCGCAACUUCACCCUGGCUGGCACGACUUCUGCCAUAGGACUUGUCAAGAAAACGAUAUCUACGAGCCUCACCUUGUCUAACAUCAAGACGAAGGCCCUUGAUACCACCCAUGCUUUCCACUCUGCAUUGGUGGAUGAUCUUAUCCCUGAACUUGAGAAGCUUGGGGAGGACGUUAUCUUCCGCAAGCCAGCUAUUCAGCACGAGAGAGCAACCCAAGCUAGCGCUAGCAGCCCGCCCCCCUUCACGGUCUUCGCUUCUCAUAUGAGAGACCCGGUCUACUUUGACAAAGCGGUGCAACGUCUCGCAGAUCAAUAUCCUUCAAGCAUAUGGCUGGAGGCGGGUUCAGGUUCUGGCGUGACAGCUCUUGCUAGUAGAGCCGCUGGAUCCCAGAAUAUGAUUUUCCAAUCCAUUAACAUCACUAGCUCGGGAGCCGUCCAGAACAUCACUGAUGCGACAGUCAACCUGUGGAAGGCAGGCGUUAACAUGUCUUUCUGGGAGCAUGUUAAACCGGCAAUCGACUGCCCCCUCCUCUUGCUACCACCGUACCAGUUUACCAAAUCGAAACAUUGGCUGGAGCGCCGCAAGCAGGAGGUCAAACAAAUCGACUCCGUCGUGAAGGCACCCGACGCGCGCACGGGUAUGUGGUCAUUCAUAGGCUACGACUCCACGAACACAAACGCACGGUUCCAGGUCCACACCGAGUCGGAAGAAUUCCAGGCUUACGUUGGGGCCCAUUUUAUCGCACAAACAGCAGCCAUUUGCCCUAGUAUGGUGCAGCAGGUUAUCGCUCGUGAUGCAUUGGCGAGUUUGGUUGAUGAAUCAGAUCUGCUUCCUGGGCUUGAAAGCAUGGAAAGCGAGUCCCCACUGUGUCUGGGCGGUUCGAAGCAAGUCUGGCUCGAUGCGGAGAUGGUUGGUGACAGCCCUCUUACAUGGAAAUUCCACAUUACCAGCACAGACCACACUGGGGAGGCCACACAGCACGUUUCAGGUCGCAUGAUAUUCCGUUCGCCUGAAGAUGCCGCCCAGGUCUUCGACACAUAUGAGCGACUGGUUGAUCACAAGCGUGCUGUGGCUCUACUCGACGGAGAAGACUCAGACCAAGUCAUCAAGGGCAGCCGUAACAUCUACAAGGUGUUCACGCCCGUGGUACAAUACAACAAAGACAGUUACAAGGGUCUGCAGAAGCUGGCCUCGGCCGGAAACGAGUCUGCAGGACGCAUCAUCAAACAAGAUCCGACGCAGACCAUCCUCAGCGUUGGCCUUGGUGAUACCUUCUGUCAAGUCGCUGGUAUCUUCUUGAACUGCAUGGCAGAUUGCACGGAAGGCAAUAUGUAUUUGUCUAAUCGAGUUGACAGAUGGAUUCGUUCGCCCAGCUUCCCAGUUGAUGCGCGACCGGAGCGGUGGGAUGUAUAUGCGCGCCAUCAACAAUCGCCGAAGGCAUACGUGAGUGACUUGUUCAUCUUCGAUGCUGACAGCGGUAAAUUGGCGUGGGUUGUUCUGGGUCUCCACUUUGUUGAAGUAUCAAUCGCCGGCAUGUCACGGCUCCUGUCGAAGUUGACCGGUGCUCAACCUGCACAGCAGACAGCUCUGACCCAGGUAGCCGUACCUGACGUGGCCCCGAUCAAGUCAUCUGCCAGGAAGGAUAUUCCGGUUCGAGAAUUCAAAACCACCAAGGCAGCUGCCAGUUCUGCAGCCAGCAAAAAGCAACCGAAUGCAAAGAAAGACGAAGGGCCUGACGUUCUCGGUGGUGUUCGGGCUUUGUUCAUCAAUUUGUUGGGCCUUGAAGCGGACGAGGUACAGCUCAAUUCUGACCUCAUUGAGCUUGGAAUUGACUCGCUGCUCGCCAUGGAGGUUGCUCGUGAGGUGGAGAAGAAGUUCAGCAUCAAGUUUGAAUUGGAUGAGCUCAUGGACAUGACAGACGUGCGCAGUUUGGUGGACGGUAUUCGAGCCAACAUGGGAGCAUCCGACUCCUCCGAAACAGGGGAAGACAGCAGCGACGAGAUUGUUACCAGCUCCUCUAUCAGCGAUUCUAUUAUGACCCCAGGCGACGAAAUCGAUGGAAUCUACAAGAGCGACGUGCAACUCUCUGCCAGCUCCAUUGUGGAGAUCUUCACAGAAACGAAACUCCUAACCGACCAAUUCAUUGAGAAAAACCAACUCUCUGGCUAUUCUAAUUAUGUCCAGCCCAAGUUGACUGAGUUGGUCAUCGUCUACACGCUGGACGCCCUCGACCAAAUGGGAUGCUCUCUUCGUUCUGCUCAGCCUGGCGAGAUGGUCGCUCAAAUUCCUCAUCUCCCCAAGCAUGACAAGGUUAUGGCUGUUCUGCGAGGAUUGCUAGAAAAGGCCCGCCUUGUGGACAUCGAGGGCUCGGCAUUGAUUCGCACAGCUCUUCCAGUGCCAUCCAAAUCCGCCUCCAAGCUACUCGAUGAGCUUCUACAUGAGUACCCUGAGCACUACUACGACCACAAGCUCACCAGCCUGACUGGGUCCAAGCUGGCGGAUUGUCUAACAGGCAAGACUGAAGGUAUCCAGCUGCUCUUCGGCUCUGCCGAGGGGCGGGAACUCGCGGCGGGAAUGUACGGGAAAUCUCCCAUCAAUGUGGCCUGGCUGCGACAACUGGAGCAUUUCUGGGAGCAGUUGAUGGCCCAACUUCCAACAGAACGCGACGAACCAAUUCGCAUUCUGGAGAUGGGGGCCGGUACUGGUGGUACGACGGCGGCAUUGUUGCCACUUCUAGCACGCUCGGGUGUCCCUGUGGAGUAUAUUGCCAGUGAUAUCUCACCAUCGCUGGUUGCUGGACUCCGGAAGCGAUUCAGGGAGUACCCAUGGAUGCGGUUUGAGGUCAUUGACAUUGAGAAGUCGGCCCCUAGUAAACUCCUCGAAAGCCAGCACAUUAUCCUCGCAACGAACUGUGUCCACGCAACUCACAGUCUGGCGAAUACCACCAAGAAUAUCCACAAGAUGCUUCGCCCCGACGGUUUCCUCAUUAUGCUGGAGAUGACCGAGGCGGUACCUUGGGUGGAUUCGGUAUUUGGCUUGGUUGAAGGGUGGUGGCUCUUCGAUGACGGUCGUGACCAUGCCCUUGCCCAGCCAGAGGUCUGGGAAGAUACGCUGCACCGCAACGGAUACGGCCACAUCGACUGGACUGAUGGCCACCUGCCAGAGAACUCCAUUCAGCGCAUCAUCAUUGCCCUCGCUUCUCCUGAGGUUCACAGCCGGGUAUCUAUAUUUCCCCCUGCUCCUUCGAAGGUCCCGGCUGACUUUUCUGCUCGCCAAACAGUAACGGACUCGUUGGUUGGAAAACACACCAGUGGCUUUGCAGCCCCAGUCCCGCGCUCGACCGGUCAGAUCUCCUCGCGCUGUGUACUUGUAACAGGCGCCACGGGUUGUCUGGGGUCUCACAUUGUGGCCCACCUCGUUGAGCAACAGAGUGUGCGCAAAGUCAUUUGUCUGAACAGGGUGAGCAGUUCAGACCCAAACGCUCGACAACACGAGGCCCUGCUAUCGAGGGGCCUUGUGUUGAAUGACAAAACUUCGAAAUUGGAUAUUAUAGAGACGGACUCAUCUGCACCCAACCUCGGUCUCUGCCCCGAAGACUAUCAAUAUCUAGUCACGAACGCCACGGAUAUCGUCCACAACGCAUGGGCUAUGAGCAUGACGCGCCCCGUGCGCGGAUUCGAGCCCCAAUUCAAAGCCAUGCGCAAUUUGAUCAACCUUUCUCGUGACUGUUCCUCGAACGGACGGAAAAUCGGGUUCCAGUUUAUCUCCUCCGUCUCGGUGGUAGGCAGUCAUCCUUUCCUGAGUGGACUAGCACAAGUCCCAGAGGAAAGAGUCAACAUAGCAUCUGCCUUGCCGAUGGGUUACGCCGACGCCAAGCUUGUUUGUGAGCAUAUGCUCGACGAGACUCUGCACCGAUACCCUGAGUUUUUCCGCGUCAGUUCUGUGCGCGUCGGCCAAAUCUCUGGAUCGAAAGUCAACGGAAACUGGAAUCCGGUGGAACAUCUUGUGCACUUGAUCAAGUCGUCCCAGACACUCGGAGUAUUGCCAGACUUGGAGGGGGUUCUGUCCUGGUGCCCCGUCAACGACGUAGCCGCCACACUGUGCGACCUGCUGAUCGAGGAGCGGCCCGCAUACCCAAUUUAUCACAUUGAGAACCCAGUGCGGCAGCCGUGGCGCGAAAUGAUCACCAUUAUUUCCGACGCACUCAAUAUCUCGCAGACCAACAUCAUACCCUAUGGUGAAUGGCUACGUCGCGUGCGCCAAUUCCCGCCUAGUCUGAUAUCGGAGAAUCCAGCGGCGAGGUUGGCAGACUUUUUCGAGACGGACUUCUUGCGUAUGUCAUGUGGUGGAAUGAUUCUGGACACAGCUCGCACAAGGGAGCAUUCUGAAACGUUUAGGGGCCUGGGACCAAUUGACGAGGCGCUGGUUAGGAGGUAUAUACAGGCGUGGAAGGAGUCGGGGUUUUUGCAUUUGUAA